AAGACAGUGCUGGAAAUAUUCAUGGGUCAGGCAGAAACUGUGGAGAGAGAAAUGGAAUUCAUAUUUCACGUGAAUGACAUCAUCAAAACUUUUUUUUGUAAAAUGGCUCACCCUCAGGACCCUCACAAGCCCACAGAAAAGCCAGUCAUCCACUGUUUCAAAUGUGGAGACCCAUGUAAAGGACAAGUACUACGUGUCCAAUCAAGACAUUUCCACCUCAAAUGCUUCACUUGCAAAGUUUGUGGCUGUGACUUGGCCAAAGGUGGAUUUUUCAUGAAGAAUAGUGAUUAUCUCUGCACCUUGGACUACCAGCGGCUGUAUGGAACUCGUUGCCAGGGCUGCAGAGAGUUUGUGGAGGGAGAAGUAGUCACAGCACUGGGAAAGACCUAUCAUCCCAAAUGCUUUGUUUGCUCCAUAUGCAAGCGCCCUUUCCCAGCAGGGGACCGUGUGACUUUUAAUGGAAAGGAUUGUCUGUGUGAGCACUGUGCCCAGCCAAAGUCAUCAAGUCCCAAAGAGAUUGUCAGUAGCAGCAAUUGUGCAGGCUGUGGCAGAGACAUUAAAAAUGGACAAGCUUUACUGGCUCUUGAGAGACAGUGGCACCUGGGGUGUUUCAAGUGUAAAGCCUGUGGGAAUGUUCUUACUGGGGAGUACAUCAGCAAAUUACCAAUGGGAGAGCAGCAGUGUUCACUCACAGCAAAGGCAAGUGGGGCAAAGGCAGGAGACAAACAUUAUCAUCCGAGUUGUGCACGAUGCAGCAAAUGCAACCAGAUGUUUACAGAAGGGGAAGAAAUGUACCUGCAAGGCUCCACGGUUUGGCAUCCCGAUUGUAAGAAGUCCACCAGGGCUGAAGAAAAACAAAGGCCCACACGAUCCUCUUCUGAAAGUAUUUCCUCCAGACCUGGUUCCAGCAUACCCAGCUCACCUGGCCACACAAUUUAUGCAAAAGUGGACAAUGAGAUUCUUGACUAUAAGGACCUGGCUGCCAUCCCCAAAGUUAAGGCUAUUUAUGACAUUGAACGGCCUGACCUGAUCACUUAUGAGCCAUAUUUUGGCACCACCUUUGAGGAUAGACAUGAACGCCAUAGUAUGGGAGAGUCUCAAUACGCAAGGAGUGACAACGGCUCGCUUGUUCAAAGUGAAAUUUCGCCAAGGACACUUUCCCCUACACCUUCCACUGAGGGGUACCACGAUGUACGUGAUCGAAUGGUGCAUAGGUCCUCUAGCCAAAGCUCCAUCAGUUCUCCCAGCUACACUCGUCACUGCUACACCCCCACAGUGGCUCGCUCUCCACAACACUUUCACAGACCUGGCACUGAGCCAUCCAGUGGUCGGAACUCCCCUCUCCCUAGUCGGUCCGAGAGCAGGCCUCUAACACCAUCUUAUGUUCAGGCCCCCAAACAUUUCCAUCUUCCAGACCAAGGGACUAAUAUCUAUAGAAAGCCUCCGAUCUACAAGCAAUAUGGUACUUUUUCUAUUUUUUUUAUUGCUGAAAUAUUGAUACACAGUCAUUAUUUCUCUCUCUAUCCUUUGCAGUCUUCACAGGAAGGAACUGUACAAGGAACAAGGAUGGACAGGGGAGUUUCAAUGCCUAACAUGCUGGAGCCAAAGAUUUACCCUUAUCAAGUGCUUUCAGUGACUAACAGGGGACGCAGCAAAUUACCAAGAGAUGUAGACAGAACAAGACUGGAGCGUCAUCUAGCCCCUGACGUUUUUUACCGUCUAUUUAAUAUGUCUAUCCAGGAGUUUGACAGGCUACCACUUUGGAAACGGAAUGAACUUAAGAAAAGAGCUCACCUCUUCUAAUCAACAAAAUGCAUGAUGGAACUGGGUGACUGCAGAGGCCAAAUAGCAAUGUAAUAUUUUGUAAGGGAAGCAUCCUAGAAGUUAACAAAAAAAAACUUCUGAAACAUACCUGUGCUACUGCAGAUGACCAGAGCAAGGUCAGAGAAAUUGAUAGUCGCAUUAAAGUUGCUAGAAUUUUGACCUGAGAAUUCUAUUGCAAUUUCCUAAAUAAUAUGAAUGACAGUAAUAUCAUCUCUUAUUAAACAAUAACUUUCUCUGACCUUUCUAGAAUUAAAAUAGAUCGGUUAUUGUACUGAGUUGGAUUACAUUUUUUUCUUUUAUAAAUAAUUUGAAUACCAUGCUUUGGAAACAUAUUUAAAUAUUUAGCCAUACUACUCUAAGCAAACUGCAGCAACCAGUGUUCUCUGCCUCGCACUGUGAAAGCCUGGGCUUGUGAACCGGAGAGGUGAGGGGACUAAUUUGGAGUUGGUUUGUACAAAAUUAUGCUUUGGACUUGUAUUGCUUGAAAACUUCUACACUGUGUGCUGUAGUUGAAAAGAUGUAUGUACAGCUGCUAUUCAUAAUAGUCAUGUCAGAUAUACAAGAAAAAAUGAUGAAAACAGAAAUGUUCUUCAAAGUCAGCAGUUCAGGUUCAUGGAGAAACGAUAAAAUGACUUCAUAUCAGUGUGUCACUUCAUUCAUUUGUAUUGAAAACAAAACAGAAAAUGUUGAAGUUAUUGCCCAGAUAUUUUGUGUAUUGCGUUGCUUGUAUUUGUACUUGCCUUAAUGUUAUGAACUGUCACUUGCACCGAUUCCCUUAGUACCAGGUCAGUCCUUUAUUAUGUUGUGCGUUUGGGACAUUGCAAGUGUCAUAAAAUGACUAUUUCAUUUGCUUAAGUCCUUUGAAUGAAUGGGCCAGUGUUCAUAUCAUUCCCAGCUGAUAUACAGUUAAUAGCCUUGAAAUUAUAGCUUGGGGUCAUAUGUAAUUAUUCUGCACACUGUUUUAAUCGAGGCAGUUACCAUAGCUUACUGUCACUAUUAAAAUAGUGCAUAAAGUAAUGAAUACAAUAGUGUUAUAUUGUAUAAUUUCUAGACUAAUAUAUUCCCACUUAGCAAAAAAAAGUUACAUCAUCUUUAAAAAUAUGAUAUAGUCUUAUAAGGAUGCUGCAGUGUGCCUGCCAAAGAUCUUAAUUGGAAUAGAUUUGAAUGGAUAGGAAAUUUGAUCCAGUAUAGUGAGAGAAAAUUAUUAUUUGUAUAUAUGUACAAACUGUAGCCUCAAUUCAAUAGAAACCAGGCUUGAGAAGAUGUUGCCUUAGACUAAGGUUUAAUAUGUUGAAGAAUACAAUAGGAUAAGUGACACAACUGGUAAGCACUUUAUCCUAUCUGUGUUGCCAACCGGAUUUUUUUAUCCUGUGUAAAUUAGUUUUGCUUGCCUUCCCUGACAGGAUUCUAAAGUUAUUAAGUAAUUUCCCUGAGAGGAUACAUUAGGAUAAUACAGCACAAACAGACCCUUAUAGCAUUAUCACUCAUUGUUUUAGAGGCAAUUAGUUUGCAGUCAGCUUAUAGAAUAAGUGAAUUAUAUUUUGACUUUUAAAUGCUUUCACUGAAUAUUACAAGUAAAUAUUCAAUUAAAUAAAUCCAACAGUUCACACUGCGCUUUAAGAUUAUAUCAUCUUGUGUUUAUAAAAGACAAAAUAUCUUAAAAAAGCAAUUAAAAUUAAUGAAUAUUGGCAAUAUACCACAUGGUUAACCCCAAGCAAUAUUUUGUUUCCUCAACCAAACAUUUCAUUUGCAUUUCAAUUUAUCACCAGGUAUUUAAUUGUAGAAUUUGUGUGCAUUUUCUAUAUUUUAUAUCUUAUGCAUUUUAUUUAAUCUGAAAUCUGGUUGCAGUGUUUCUAAAUACAGUGGGGUGUAAUUUUGACUUGAGCAGUAACAGAAAAUGGACAAUAGCAUAUCAACAGCCGAGUUACACCACUCGAGAUUCGGUUUUAUGUAAUUAAUGGAAAAGAGAAUUAAGCUGGUGGCAAAACAAGUUGCCCUUAUGUCAGUGCUCAUUUAGUGUCCCUAUCCAGUUUAUAUCCCAAGGUUUCUAAGGGUGCGUGUGAACUCAACAUUCAGUGUGAGUGUAAGGUAGUUUUGCAGCAAAACUAAACUUGCAUGUUGUAAAUUGGGUGUUAAGUUUUGAACUGACUCCAAAAUGAAGGACAGUGAAAUUCACUCCUGCAGGGAGUCUCACUCUGUCACGCACCACUGUAGGGUUAAGCCUAACCUGGAAUUUAGGCUAUGGUCCACCUUACGAAUUUCAGCCUGUCUCUAUUUCUUGGUGUAAAUCAGCCAUUUAUAAUUCACUCCCAGCAGUACGUUGCGUCUAAAGGAAGGAGAGGGAAGUUGAACUUCUGCUUCAGGGGUCUAGAAAUGGUCAUCAAUUCAGUAUUGAUAGAUGAAAGUUAGAUACCUUUACAUAGUUCUUGCCUCGAUUGCAUAGGAUCUUCAUGCAAGCACUCUAACUCCUUAGCUGUCCUCGGACAUUAUCCACUGAAUCCCAGGCAAUGCAGUAGGGGCAUGGAUAUUUAGUUGUACAGAUCUUUGCUACUAUUUCUUCUGCUUUUCUUUGCAGGGCACAAAGCAGAGGAAAGUAGGCCCCAUAAGCUGUUGCAGGUGAAACACUGAAAACCAUUUUGAAUAAUGUGUGUGAUUCUGAUAAUGGGAGUUUGUUAGUGAUUCUUAAAAUUAACAAGUACUUGCCUGCUUGAUUUUGUAUGGAAACUUGCAAGAGGUCAUUGUGUUCAGAGUUUUAUCUAGCUUGUUGGAUAUACAAAGUUUUAAAAAUGGACCUAAUGCAAGUUGCCUCCAGAAUUGUAAGUUCAAUUCUGCUUUGUCCCCUCUGUGCUUUUUAAUUGCAACUGCUAGCAUUUGGAAUUCAUGAAGUAUGUAGUUUUUAAAAUAAUGAUGGAAUUUAACAUCUGAAGGAAGCAUUCCGAAUCAGUUGGAACAGCUAAGUAUAGGAAGUGUGACCAGCUAUUUUAAAGUUACUUUUCUUUUAGUCUAUCAGUGAAUGCCAUGAAUAAAGCAAAGUUUUCAGUGUUUUAUUUAUUGUCUUCCUUCUUUAAAUUAGUCACACUAGUAUGAAUAAAAGUGUGAAGAAUCAUAUUGACAUUUUUACGCUGCACAGCAAAUUUGCGCUCAGAGUUCAACAGUGAGCAUAAUGUUGGAGUCAUGCUUUUUGUUUAGAGUCUCUGAGGCAUGCCAUAUGGUUGCUUGGUAAUAGUUAAUUAACAGCUAAAAUGUGUUGUGCAAUAUGGAGCAAAUAUAGAAGUAAGAAUUUUCAAGCUACAGAUUGAGCAUUUUGGUUAAACUGGACUUCGUUGUUAGUUUUCUCAUAAGACGUUGUAACUGGUGAUUUAAUGUAAUGUUCUGUUUCAUAUUUAAAUACUCCAUUUUAGAAGCACUUUCCUAAAACAAGUAAACACGCUACGUAGAAUUUACAGCAAGGGAACAUACCCUUGAGCCCAACUGGUCUGCGUCUGAGUUUAUGCUCCACGUGAGUUUUCUCCUUCACUUAAUCCUAUCAGCAGUCUCAUCUUAAUUUCAGAAUGCAACUGAACCAUUUUUAGUAUCCUGUGUAAUAUGUAGUGAUGGGAGCUGAUUUCUUUUAUACAGAAUAAGCUCCCAGGGCCACAGUGCAGAGAGAGAGACACUGUAAAACUGUGACAGAUGUCAAAGCAACUUAAAAAGAUGCACUGAAGUCUUUACAAGUUAGUAAUGGUGGCUGUAAAUCUAAAUAACUGUAACAGAAACAAACUGCAACCUGAUAAUUGCCAAACAAAAUGAAAACGCUUAGUAAUAAAGUCAAAUUUCAAGAUGAAAUUUCUGACUUCUCACCAUGCGUCAUUGGAGUUGAUAUAUAUCGCUGAAACUGAUGGACUGAGCUUGUAAAGACUAACUACAUUCUGUCUGACUUUGUUUCAUUAAACAGAUUGUUUAAUAAAUGAACUUCUGCCUUAUAAAAUUACAUUGAAUGUCAAGGGUGUAUAUUAAUGUAUGUGUGUCUCUACUAUAAAUACAAUUUAUUUUCCUUGAUCUCUCAGAACCGCACCCCUAUUCUGGCCAAGAGGUUAUGUUGAAGAUCUGCUCAGAACCCACAGGGAAUAUUUGAGCUGUUCAGCCUAUCUCCAUUUCCCAUUUUUCUUUGCCCUUUAUAGAUCUCCAUUCCAGUGCCUUCUCAUAACAGUGUGACUGAGACCAUUAACUCACUGUGUGCAAAAGUAUAGGUGGCUGGUUUGGGGCAAGGCAAAGUUUAAACUGAUCCAGUCAAGAGCUCAAAAACUGUGUUUGAGACAGCAUAGUAGAAGCAGUACCUUGUACUUCAUUUGUCAUACCUAGUGUGGGAAGUUGUGGAUGACAAAAUGUAGCAAUUAUAAUUGUCCACAAUAAUAUCCUUUGCCUUUACUCUGACAAGGUUAGUUGAAGUCACUAGAUAUACUGUAAAAAAUUCAAAUAAAUUAGCGGUUUCACUCACAUUAUUUAAUUACAUUUAUCAGAAAAAGAGCAUCAAGAGAGACAGGUCUAUGAAAGCAAUAAGUGCCUUGGUCCUAUAUUUGAUUUCAUUCUAAAACAACUAUCAAAAUGUGAAAAUUUUAAAUUGUAACUUUUCCAAAUUAAACAAUUUGUACUUAUUUUUCAGUUUAUUCGGAAGCUGAUCUGCUUCCAAACCUCUGUCAAGAGUUCCUUUACUUUUCUGUCUGAUAAUAUAAAUUUCCAAGCCAAUUUUCCUCUCCUACGUUUCCUCGGAAGAUAUCCCAACCUCUGCUUGGCAUUCCCCAUUUGAAACUGUCCCAGGAAUGCAGUCAAGGAGGUGAUUGAUUCAAGAAGAGACAUAAAAAUUAAAUUAAAUCUUUCCAUUACUAUCUAGUCCUUUUAACUAACUCCUUGUUUGGACCAAACUUCCACUUUAUCACAUUGUUUAUGCUACUUUUAAUUCAAGUUAUUAGAUAAUUCAUUUGUAUUGAAUACAAAAAUGACAUCAACUUAUUAUAAGUGGACUAUUAGCAAAUUGACUCCUUUUUGAGUAGUGCAAAUUUAGUGAUAACAGCCUGGAAGUUUAGCUUAAUUUGUGUAGUGUUUUGUGUAAAGGUACAAUAAUUUCCAUGGUUGUCUCUCUGAAAAUGCAGUGGCCUGUAGCAUUGGUAAAUUUGAUGUUGAGAAUAAUUUGUACAGAUGGUAAGGACAAUCUCAUUUGCCUUUGAUAUUUUCUAAUCUUAUAUAUUUGCAAUUACAAUAAUGAGUUGUUUCAGUGAAACCAAAUUCAAUUGCAAGUCACUUUUAAAUGUUUGGUCUACCUAUUUGAAUAUUUUUAACUGCUGUCUUUGACAAAACCAGUCUCAACCAGUUGUGGUCUGUAUUAGAACUUUAGGAAAGUAUUCAAUGCUUUAUUUUGUUAAUUGUGGCAAGAGUUGUCAAUUUGAGGUUGCUGUAAUUCUAGAAUGCAAUUCAAAAAUAGUCAGGCUGUGACUUGAGCCCUAUACUGGGUAUUACGUAGUACACAGUCCUUGCACUGCAUGACUCAUUUUUGGCUACUUUAUCCAGUUGCUAAUCUCACCCUACUCUGUCCCCACACUUCACUUAACUUUACCUUCCAUGUAUGCGCGCAAAACCAUAUGCAAAACAAGACAUAUGCACACCCUUUUAAUUACACCAUGUGGAGGCUAACUCUGAUGACUUCUCCAUAUCCUUUCUAUUCUGCUUUUCCUUCUUCUGAUCACAAUCUCUUUCCAUCCACUUCAACAAUACCCCUGACUCCUACAACCAUGCUGUUUGUUAGUUCAAACUCCCUUUCCUUUGACCCACAUCUGCAUUAAUAUUAAUAUCUUGUAAAUGUACCAUUAAACAUUUUGUCUCCAUGUCAGACAUCUUGAGCCCCACUGCUAUCAUCCAGAACAACCAAAUGCACAAAUUCAAGUCCGUGGACCAAAAUUCAUAUGUUUUAUAGUUGGCUUGACCAUCUCCUGCUGUAGCAUAAUUUCCACUUUUAUAUUAAGUUGCUUUAGUACUGUGGUGACCCUGGAACACAAGAAAAAACUUCACACCACUGCUAAAGUCACUUCUUCUGACUUCAGUGCCCUCCCUCUCCAUUUUAACCUGUAGUACUAAAUCGAAGAAACUCACAGGCUUAUGUCUUUCCAAAAUUAGAUGUAUAAAACAUAGAAUGUAGAACUGUAUAGCACAGGAAUUGGUCCAUAUCCCACUAUUCUUUGCAUAUUCAUGUGCUUAUCUAAAAGUCCCUUAAAAGCCCCUAUUGUAUCUGCAUCCACCACCACCCCUGCUACCGCGUUCCAGACUCCUACCACUCUGUGUAAAAAAUUUGCCCCUCAUGUCUCCAAAGCUUCCACAUCCUUCCUGUAAUGUGGCAACCAGCAUUGAAUGCAAUACUCUAUGUGACCUAACCAAAGUCUUAUAAAGCUGCAACAUGACAUCCUGACUCUUGUACUCAAUUCCCUGACGAAGAAAGGCAAGCAUGCCAUAUGCCUUCUUUACACCCUACCUACUUGCGUGUCUACUUGCUUUGGAUAUCUGGUGGAUAUCUGCUUCUUUCUGCACCUGACAUGUUAUGACACAUCUCUGGAGGUCUUCUGGUUCAGAGGUUGUCUGGCCCACAAGAAUCCCAUAGAAACAAAGAACGUGGAAAUAGGUUUGUAAAUGGUGUGCUGUUUACCUGCACAGAGUGCUGUCAUUACCUUGAGCACCAGCACUUCUAUUAUGUUAUAAUUUCUAAUUACCGUUAGUGAUUAUGGUUGGUAUGGUGCACUGUCACAAAUCUUCCUUUCUAGUUAUUUUAUAAUCAACCUAUUCAUAGAAAGUAUCAUACGCCUUUGGAUCAGGUGGGAUUUCAUUAAAUCCCUACAGUGUGGAAACAGGCUUUUCAACCCAACAAGUCCACACCGACUCUCAGAGCAUCCCAACCAGACCUUUACCCCACCUAAUCUACACAUCCCUGAACACUAUGGGCAAUUUAGCAUGGCCAAUCCACCUAGCCUGCACAUCUUUGGACUGUGGGAGGAAGCCGGAGCACCCGGAGGAGACCCAUGCAAACAUGGGGAGAAUGUGCAAACUUCACACAGUCACCAGAGGGUGGAAUCGAACCCGGACCCCUGGCGCUGUGAGGCAGCAGUGCUAACCACUGAGCCACUGUACCCUGAACCAAGGUCAGGGCAACACUGCUCCAUAAAAACCUUCACCCUCAGUUAUUUUACUCUUAUCUGAAAUCGGAUCUGACUCCAAAUAGUUUGUGGUUUUGGACCAGACUCGGAUACCAAUAUGUAGUAAUGACACUUAAACACCCAUUUCAGAAACCCUAAUUACAACAAUGUUAUUAUCCACAACAACAAAAACAGAAAUUGCUGGAAAAACUCAGCAGGUCUAGCAGCAUCUGUGGACAGAAAGCAGACUUAAUGCUUGGGGUCCAGUGACCUAUUUUCAGAACUGUUUGUGGCUUGGAAAUGGUUGAUGUAUAUGCUAAAGGUGGGGUGGGGGGAAUGUCGUAACAAUAGACGAAGACGGAACCCAGAGAGAGAGAGAAAACCAGUUAGACAGACAAAAGGAUGGGUAAUAGCCUGGGAGAAUCAAAACUCAAGGACAUUUUUUUGAGGUGAGAGCAGAAAGAUUUUAAAAAAAAAAGGACAAUUAGUUUUACACGAAGAGUAGUUCAUGUGUGGAAUGAACUGCCAGAAAAAGUGGUGGAUGCAGGUACAAUUACAACAUUUAAAAGACAUUUAGAUAAGAUCAUGAUUAGGAAAGGUUUGCAGGGAUAUGGGCCAAGCACAGGCAAGUGGGACUAGUUUAGUUUGGGAAUAUGGUUGGCAUGGACGAGUUGGACUGAAGCGUCUGCUUCCAUGCUGUAUGACUCUGAUGAUAAAGGCUGGUGUGUGAGGGUUGAGGUAGGGACAUGGGAGAAGUUGUUCAAGCUUCAGUUCUUUGGGGUUUGUUUUAUUUAAUGCUAUGUUCAGCAAAAUAUACUGGAUAAGUUUAAAGAUACAGCUGAAAAUUUGAAUUGGUCUCAUUCAGAUCUCUCUUAUGUAUUUCUGAUGCGGACUUCUUCAACCUCGCUAACUGCUUACUCAAGACGAUUUGCAGCCUUACCUGAACCCUGAGGUGACAAUUCUACUACAUAUCCCAUCUGCCUGCCAUCACCACUAGCUUGCACUUCCAGAGUAUUGACUGCUUAAACCCAAAUUUCAAUCUGUCCCCUGCCAAAAACAUCAAUGUCUUCUUUGCCAACUUGUGGAUUGUUUUAUACUUCCUCCUGCAGUCUCCCAAUUUUUGCCUUCCAUGUAUUUCAGUUCUGUCUUUCUAAGCAAGGUCUUGCAUGUUCAGCACCCAGUCUAUCCGCAGCUUUAGUGGCUCAUUGUGCCUCAGUGAAUUCACUUCAGGGUCUUCAUCCUCAUGUUCAAAUCAUUUGGCCAUAUCACUCUGAAUAACCUUCUCCAACCAUAUGUCACAGCUCGCUCUCUUCAAUUCUUUGACUGUUAUUGACAAUUAACCUCAACGUUCUCCAUUCCACCAGUGAAAACUGAGCCUUCAGCCUUCUUGUUAAUAUGAGGUUCUCCUUCUUAAUCACUUUGUCUCUUUGCUACUUUGAAAAGCCUCCAAAAAAAUGUCUUCAACAAGGCCUUGGGUCUCUUCCCUAUCACCAUCUCCUCCACUUGCCAUGUUCACAUAUCUUUGGAAAGUGCUCCAACAUCACUUCUCCAUGUGGGUGCAAUAUAAAUCUAAGUUGUUAACAAUUGGACAGAGUAAAACAUCAUCUCAUGAUAUUGAAAAUUAACUUACUGGAAACAGAAAAAUAGGCUGCUGCUCCAUUUGAUUCAUUGGAUGUAAUGCAAUCUAAUAAAUCCAACGAAGGGCAGCAUGAACUACAUUUCCUCAAAACUUGUCAACUUUAUUAAUUUAAAGCAAAUAGUUUCAGCUGCAGCUGUACAGCUUUUGUUUCAUGUUUUCAAUGUAUGCACAAAUUGAGAAGUCACAUUGUCACUCUCUUUGAUUCUUUUUCUAUAAAUAAUGGCAAUUUACUUUGCUCUAUAUCUUUGUAAUGCAAGGAGCACGUACGUGUUGUCCUUCUACACCACUAUAAUCUGUGUUACUAUUGUAUUCAACACAAAUAAAUAAAGAAUGUUUUGUGCUUUAUUCUUAAA